CGGUGGUGGCAGCUUCUGCGCCAUCGGCAUAUGCGUAACGAAGAUCAACUGCUUCUCCUCGAUCUCCCGGCAACCAUGACGGCGUCCACCUAUCAGGACCGCUCCUUCUCCUGCACCUUCUGCCACCGGAAAUUCAGCUCCGCUCAGGCGCUCGGCGGCCACAUGAACCUGCACCGGCGAGAGCGGGCACGCCUCCGCACCCACUUUCCGACGAACCUGUUCUCCGACCCCUUGUCUGGCCACCGGUUCUGGGCUUUCGAGCAGAGCCUGCUAUACAACAAGUUGGUCUUCGAUCCUUCAACCAUGACGUUUGCUCCCCACCAGGAGCUGAGGGAUCACUUGGGCUCCGGCGAUCUCGCUCAUGGCCUCGCAGUGAGGAGGCUCGCCAGGAUGAGGAGGCAAGUAGAUCUUCAGGAAAAUUCGAUGGUGGGGGGGCUUGAUCUCGAGCUCCGGCUCGGGCAAUCCACAAGUACUUGAUGAGCAAGACCGAACAAGGAAAGAAAGCAACGGAAAAAGAGCUUGGGAUUUCUCUCAGCAUGACUUGAUGUGUAUUUGAGUAAGACAUAAUUGCUGAUGAUUUUUUUCUUUUUUCUUUUUUUCUUUUUAGGUUGUUCCCAAGCUCUUCUGUAUUUAAGAAUCAUUUAUUAAUACCAGCGCUCAAGUUUUAACUCA